AUGCGAAAGAUCUUUGCUCUGAAUAUCUUGAAUCUAAUUUUUACUACUUACUCCUGGGUGUCUAUUAUAACUGGCAUAUUCAUACUCCAAAAUAAGGCUGUGGACCAACACCAAAGGGGUGCUGCUAACGACAUUGCCAUGACUGCAGUGCAAUGUCACUUCUCAAAGCGAUCCAGCAGGUGGAGGGGCACUGUAAGUUCUUUUAUUAGAAUUCUCAAUUCAUUUUUUCUUCAACCACAUCUUUUAGAUGCACAAGCAAUUUCAUUCAUACCGCAGUACGAUUCAAAUUCUGUGAUUGAAAAACAUGCUUCAUGGGUAUCCAAAUUUUUUAAAAACCUUUCUUGGUCGCAACGCCGCCAAGAUGCAGCCUUCCUACCUGGUACUCAGAUAGUUUUCUUCUUCUUGAAUGUAGUCGAAGCAAUCGGAAUUGCAUUGACGUUCGAACCAUUUCUAGUUUUACGGCAACCUUGAAAAUCAGUUUUGUAGGGAAUGUAACAUUAUAGUUUGGAUCAAUUUUAGCAGGACUAGCAGUUGCAAAUCAAUAUAUGAUCAGAUUUUACU